AUGGCGACACCCACCACUACAGACCAGUCCACCAAAGGAUUUAUCAUCAAGCACAUGAAUGCAGACCACCAGAACUCGCUGGCAAUGUAUCUCCAGGUCUAUUGCCACCUCUCAGCAGCAGAAGCCAAAUCUUCCCGCUUGGAGGACAUCAGCCUGUCCGAUUUGCUCAUCAGUGCCCGCGGUACGCGCUAUACUGUCCCUCUGGAUCCACCUAUGAAGGCGUUCUCCGAGACCCGGUCCCGAGUGGUGGCCAUGCACAAGGAGUGUCUACAACGACUGGGAAUAUCAGAUAUUAUCAUCCAAGAAUAUCGUGCUCCCCAUGGCGUCUACGCGAUUGGGUUUGGGAUCUGUCUCGCCUGGCUGGUGGGAUUCUACCAGCGUGAGAACUUCUUGCCGGGGUCGGUACUCUACGAGACCCUUGGGCUGGAAAGGGCGCCCUUGAUCGCCCAAUUGUGCUAUAAAUUGCAGCCGCUGGCGUUCUACGGCAUGCUGGGGGCUCAUGUCGUGGAAGGGAGCUUGCUGCUGGCGGUGAAGCGGCUGAAGCCUCACGGCGUACCGUUUUUGUCGGGAUUGUGGUGUGUGUGGAUGCUAUCGACGCUGAUUGAGGGGUUUGGGGGAGUUUACCGGUUUGAUGAUAUGGUAGCUGAGAAGCGAGCGAUGAAGGAGCAAAAGAAGUAG